CCAGAUUUGGACAUCUUGGGAUAGAUCAUUUUGGUGCAGUGCAACUCAUGUGGGCCGCAACACUGCCAAGAGCACACCUGGUUUGCUCAGCACAAGGCACAGGCGCGACGCUCCCCGGAUCCCCGCACUUCGAGAGCCUAUGACGACAAAGGAGCUGCUCUUGCGCGCGGAGGACGCCGCCGGGAGCGACCGAGCCCGGUGCAUCCAAUGCCUGCAGAUGAACGGGAAUCUGCUGGCACGGAUGUCCACAACCUUGCGCUCAGAUCGCGAGGUGGUCCUUGCUGCGGUGUGCCAGUGUGGCGCUGCCUUAGAAUACGCCACGGAAGAUUUGCGCCGGGACCGCAGCCUUGCUCUGGAAGCCGUGAGGCAAAACGGCUGCGCCUUGGAGGUUCUGACGGCUUGGCAGGGCGAUCGAGGUUUGGUGCUCGCAGCAGUGGCCGAGAACGGCAACGCCCUAGAGUUUGCGGAGGCUAUGCUCCGCGGGGACCGAGAUUUCGUGCUGGAAGCGCUGCGCCAGACUGCGGCGGCGGCUCCAGCUGUGGCCUUUGUAGCAGAGGAGCUCCUGAAGGACUCCUCCUUCGUGCUCGAAGCAGUGAGGAUGAACCCUUGGACAAUUGGAUAUCUGCCUGCAGAUUUCCAGAGGCAUCCCGAGAUUGUCCAAGAGGCCGUCAAGCGGAAUGGCCGGCGAUGGAACCCUUUGCACCCCAAUUGCAAGGCCAGUGGUCGCACGACCUGGGCGAGGAGGUACGAAGGAGCGGCUUGACGGUGCUGGCGCGUUUUCGCAGACGUCAGGCUACGGAGCGCCGUGCUGGACAGCUUGAACAGUUGUACAGAUGCCAUACGCAUCCAGAAGCCAAAGAGACGCUUUUGGGGCAAUGUUUCACAGCACGCCAGAGAAAGUG